GUGAGCGCGCUCCAGAUGCACUCGCUGUUUGAUCGGAAUCGGAAAGGGCUGGGAAUCGAUCUGUCUCCGGUCUCGCUGCCCCACGUUGCCGUGAGGAUGUUCAGCUGUGUCGGGUGUUUUUGGGGGCUCCUGUCCUCCGCCCUGGUCGCGAUUUGCAGUUUCAGUUUCAUCUCGCCCGCAUGGAUAGUGAAGGACCAUCUGAAAAACAAGGACUCCGUGAGUUUUGGGCUCCUGUGGCACUGCUCCGAGUCUCUGGAUCAUAUGUACAGAUGUUACACCUUUGGCGGGCUGGGCAAAUUUCAAGAGAUUCCUUCAAGCUCUUGGCAGACGAGUGCGGUGCUGUGUUCAGGUGGAUGUGCUCUGCUGGCAGUCAGCUCCCUGCUGGCCAUCAUCACCAUCUUCCUGCCCAGUGGAGCCUGUGAGAGGAGGAUCUGCACAUUGGCAGGAUACAUGCAGAUGGCUGCAGGUUAGUGUCCGGCUUACUAUCUGACCUCUGAUCAGCUCUUAAACACCAGCCCUUUGAGGACCAUGCUGAGUAGCAU